CGCACAUGACAACUGUCAGAUAGGCCCAGUGUUUUCAGGCCCGGUGGAAAUCCAGUAAAAAAAGUGCAUACCGAUUAUAGUGCAGUGUUCUGCAGUGACGUGACUUAUUUUUGUUUGUGGCAACAUUUUGUGUGUUUCGUCGCGUGAUCGCGGCUCGGGCAUGUCCCCCUGCGUAGCAUGAGCGGUGCGCGCUCGCACGAGCCACGCGACGCGCCGCGCCACCGCUCGCAACCUCACCCUCAGGGCUCGGCGGAUUCUAACUACUCGCAGCCGUCUUCGGAGCUGUCGUUGGACGAAGACAAGGAGAGUCAGAGGAGGGAGAAGGAAGCUCAAGCCCUGCUGCAAUUGGAUAAGGCGAGGUCGAAGCCGGUGGCGUUCGCCGUGCGCACGAACGUCGCGUACGAUGGCAAGCUGGACGACGACUCGCCGGUGCACGGCAGCGCCAUCUCCUUUGAAGUGCGCGACUUUCUACACAUCAAGGAGAAGUACGACAACAACUGGUGGAUCGGUCGGCUGGUGAGGGAGGACGCGGACGUGGGCUUCAUCCCGUCGCCGGUGAAGCUGGAGGCGGUGCGCGCGGGGCUGGCGGCGCGCGGGCGCUACCCGCGGCCGCCGUCGGGCCUGCAGCACCCGCUCCCCAGCAGAGGUAGCACCCCCCCCACGCCCGGCGAGGACUCAGACACAGCGGGUCGGGGGCGCGGGGCGGGGGCGCUGCCCGCGGGCAAGGAGAAGCGCAAGCCCUUCUUCAAGAAGCAAGAGGCGUGCACGCCGUACGAUGUGGUGCCCUCCAUGCGGCCCGUGGUACUUGUGGGGCCCUCGCUCAAGGGCUACGAGGUGACGGAUAUGAUGCAAAAGGCCCUGUUCGACUUUUUGAAGCGGAGGUUUGAGGGCAGAAUUAUCAUCACUCGAGUCACAGCGGAUAUAUCUCUGGCUAAGAGAUCCUUGCUAAAUAAUCCGCCAAAGAAACCGUUGAUGGAUAGGGCGAAUUCCAGGACGAAUUGCUUGGCGGAAGUUCAGACGGAAAUAGAGCGGAUAUUCGAUCUGGCGCGUACACUGCAACUGGUGGUGCUCGACUGUGACACCAUCAAUCAUCCCUCACAACUUGCAAAAACCUCCCUUGCGCCUACUAUCGUGUACCUGAAGAUAUCUAGUCCGAAGGUGCUCCAGCGACUAAUAAAGUCCCGCGGCAAGGGGCAGAGCAAGAACCUCUCGGUACAAAUGGUGGCCGCGGAGAAGCUCGCGCAGUGCCCGCCGGAGAUGUUCGACCUGACGCUGGAUGAUAACCAGUUGGAGGACGCGUGUGAAAAGAUCGCGGAGUAUUUGGAGAAGUACUGGCGCGCGACGCACCCGCCCGCGGCGGCGGCGCGCGCGCCCGCGCUGCACCCCGCGCACCCCGCACACCCCGCGCACACUGCGCACGCGCACCACCCCGCCGCGCACGCGCAGCCUGAACCCCCUGCUCACUCGGGAGGACACCGGGAGAGGUCCGAUUCCUACAAUUACGAAAGGGAGAGAGGCGGCAGGUCCCGCGCGGCGCGGCCCGAGCGGCUGGAGGAGGAGUACUACGCGCGCGAGCAGUACCACCGGUACCCGCGCGACUACCCGCGCGACUACCACGAGGGCUACGCGGGCGAGUACCGCGACGAGCCGUACGGGCACGACUACACGCGCGAGUACGCGCGCGAGUUCCCGCGGGAGGAGCGCGGGGCGCGCGCGCGGGACCGCGAGCCCGCCGACGAGUUCGCGCCCUCGCGCCGCGCCCUCAACGCGCUCUAGCGCCCGCCGCGCCCCGCGCCCCGCGCCCCACCGCCCCGCGCCCCACCGCCCCGCGCCCCGACAGCGCCCCGCUCUCACCCCCUAGUACCCGCCUCGAAAGCACCGACAUUCGCCGUUCACCGAGCUCUCCGAUCAAUUUUACGUCGAUACUCUAAUGCACUUUCGUCGAUGAUAUUACUCAUUAAGUAUUGAAUUGUAAAUAUAGAUAGGUCCGGGGCCGGUUGCGGGCCGCUCGGCGCCGCUUGCGGCCGGUCGGUUUGCGAUUUUGUGUAAUUUCGGUAUAUUUUUAGUAUUCAUUGUCGCGCAUAAAGACGCUGUUUCGAUUACUGAGCUUUAGUGCCACGCUUCGAAGACGGUGUGAGUGAUUUUUGCCUUCGAGUUAUGUAUCGAAACGAUUCGGCAUUUUUGUUUAUUUCAUUGUUUUUACUCACUGCGACUGCGGGCAGUUUAGUUUGGAAGCCUGGUUUUGCUGAAUUAAAAUAUAAUUAAUUUGAUAUCGAGCAUCGUUUGAUCGACGACAGUGUACCACUUGAAAACCUUGUAAUGUUAAAAAGCCUUAUUAUAGUAGGUAGAUGUGUAAGUCCCCGAGAUCUUGCAAUUGUUUGUAAAGCUUUUAUCGUAUAAAUCAAAAAUAUUUAAAUUAGCAUAGAUUUUCGCAGACCGCAAGAUUUUGCUUAUUUCCUUAUACGAGAGACUUGUUUAAAAAUUGUUAUUAAUUAAAUAUUCAAAAUUAUAUUUUGAAGCGGUACAUUGAGUCACGAAAUUUUUGCAUAAGUUAUGAAAAUUAUAUGUUGUAUCUUAAUAAAUAAUAUAUUGUGUAGAUUUUAAGAAUUCCUAUUUUAAUUAUGAUUCCCUUGUUCCAUGUUUUAUGUUAAGUUUCUGUAAAAAACAUUAAGCGAUUUGUUUAAAAUGUUACCUAAGAUUUGUCCACGAUUUACCAACGAAAGAACAGAUUGAAGAAGUACUGUCGUUUAUUAAAUGAAAAAUGUCAUAACAUUCACAAUUAUUAAUUGAUAUAUCUGAUUUUCAAAGCUUGAUUAAGGCAGGAGCGACUCGGCUUUCUUGUUUUGUGUAAGUGAUUGUGUGUGUUCGUGAGGAGAGAUGUAGGGAUCAAUGACGUCAUAGACAUUAUUGCCGUUCGUAAAAAAGUAUCAAAGUAUCUUACUUAAUAAAUAAACUUGCAAAGCUAGUUAGAGGCGCUAGUCUCACACACAAAUUAAUAAAAUACUUUACAAUACUUAAUUUGCAUGUUUUUACAAUUCAUCAUUAUAGCAUCUAACUCACCACGCUAUCAACGAAGUUAAAUAUUUUUCAUAUUACCGUAGUAUUGUAGUUAAAAUUGUGGGUACUUUUCUACGCACGGCGCUAUGCGUUCAAAUCGAUAUAGACAGCGGCCGUGAGCGGACGUCUACGGAAAGCAGUCUUCAAUUAUUUGCUGGCUAUUUAAAUCUAUACGCUUGGUGAUUUUUUCUGCAAUUAUUUGUACAAAGGCCGUGUCUAUAAGUAUUUGAAUGUAUGUCUAUGACAACCCUUGCACUGACGGUACGGAUCAUGUUAUGUAUAAUACUGAAUGAUAAUUCUAGUGCCGUUAGAUAUUAUCUAAUACCCAUUUUUGGACAUACAUACUCUUGUAAUUAUAAUGCAUCGUCUGUACUUCAUUGUUGCAAUCAUUUGUAAAUAAAAUACUUUAUAUCGA